UUUCUGUCGUGGUUGAAAUCGUCGUUGUUGGUGAGGUGUUUCUUCGUGUGUUGUUUGCAUGUUCUGUUCGUUUUUCUCAAGGUUGCAAGGCAGUUAUUACUUAAACUUUUUAGCUCGUGAGGGAAGAUUGAGGUUGAAUGUCAGGGGGAAGUUCUUUACUGUGGGAGUGGUGAGGUGCUGGAACAGCUGCCCAGAAAGGCUGUGGAUGCCCCCAUCCAUCCCUGGAGGUGUUCAAGGCCAGGUUGGAUGGGGCCCUGGGCAGCCUGGGCUGCUAUGAAAUGUGGAGGUGGGUGGCCCUGCAUGCAGCAGGGGGUUGGAGCUUCGUGAUCCUUGAGGUCCCUUCCAACCAUGGCCAUUCUGUGAUUCUAUGAGCCUGAUCUAGGAUAUUAAGGGUAAUGGGAGGACAGUUGGGCUUGAUGAUCUUGUAGAUCCUUUCCAACUUUGUAAUUCUAUGAUUCUGUGACAUGGGAUAACCUCAUAGGCUGGAAAGCACCUCUAAGAUGAUCAAGUCCAACUGUAUUUUGUUUUGGAAUAAUCAAGAUGUGAUUUAUGGCAGUUCUAAGAUUUAUUUUGUAUGGGGGGCUGGAGCUGGAUCACCUUAAAGGUCCCUUCCAACCAAACCAUUCAAUGGUUUUGUAAAUCCAGGCCAUAAACUAUACAUGCAAACUUAUAGGUGUUACCUUUUCUAUUUCAUGUCCCUAACAUGUUAAAGUUUACAAAAAAAGAGUGGGAAUACAGCAUGAAAUCAGGAUGUUUGUCACACUGAUCCAUGGAACAGUUGUUGUCACAGCUGGUUGGUUUGUCUGCCUGCAAAAGGAAGGGGAGCAGAGCUCAGGAAUGGCCUCAGGUUUGAGAGGUGGUGAGCAGAGUGAACACCUUGCUCUGCUCCAUCAGCUUCUGGCUUUUUGUGAGACAGGCUGUUGGGGUAAAUGGACUCGUUGUCUGAUGUUGACUGGCAGCGUUUGUGUCCUGGAAUAGUGCUGAUGUGACUGUGCUGCUCUGUGUGUGUUCUGCUGCUGAUUUACUUGCCAGCACUGGAGUUUUGCUGCAGCUUAGGAAAGCGUGUCUUUAACAACUCAGUUCUCAAGGCUUCUGGUAUCUGGAACCUUUGUAAGAAACCUUUCAUAAACCAGAACAAAAAAACAAACAAACCAAAAUCCAUAAAAUCAUGCAGUGUUGCAAAAGACUUGACCUGUCUUGCAGUUGACAGGCACUGCUGUGCAGCAGAGCUCAGUGCCAAAGUCCAGCAUGCUGUUAGUAGCUCAGCACCCUUUGGCACGUGCCAGCACGGGGUGUAGCAAGCUGCUGCCCAGCUGUGUUUGUAGCUCUCUCAGGGCUGAACUUGGCCGGUCUGUUGCAUUGCUGUGCUUGGGAGUAGGUGGAGAACUCUCACCAUAGCUUCAAAUCCUAAUUGUUGGUGAUGUGGAAUUCUGGUGAGAAGUUCCUCAUCAGAAUCGGAUGUAGUGAUGUUUUUUAAUUCACUGGUUAUGUUUGCUGGUUUUCUAUGGAAUGUAUACAUACCUCAAACAGUGAACUUUGUAAGACCCAGCAGAUAUCCCCAGUUUCUGCUUGUCAGUAGAAGGCUGCCUUGAAACUGAGUCUGGUUGUUGAAUUCAGUUCCUUGUAGUUGUUAAGUAGUAAUAAAGCCCACGUGUUUACAGGUUUCAUGCUUGUUAAUUCAGAGCCAAAUCCUUUCUGUGCAAUUAGACGACUCCCGGGUGGCUGAUGAUGGUAUCUGCACUAUUGUUAGAAGGUGGCAAACAGUGAAAAGUAAAGGAAGCUACAAUUAGUGAACCUUUCCCUCACGUGGCUAAUUAAUGAAAUCCUGCAUCAGCUCCCACGUUCUGCUGCACAGUGGUCACUUUCACUUGCUGCUGCUUCAUUCCUGCAGGCAUUGCAAGAUGGAAAGGUGUGGGCAAGCACUGAAAUCCCAGCGUGGUUGGUUGAUUUGCUUGGAGAUUCAAGGCAGUUACAAAUAGAUCUCUGUCGGUGUCUCAAGGCUUUAUGGCUUUGCAUUCUUAGCUCUUCUUCAUUAGCAACUUCCAGUCCUGUGUUGGCAACAGUGUUGCAGAAAGAAAAAAAAAAAGCAUUUAUUAGAUAUCAGUUGUCUUGUUGCUAGCAUUGCACCUGAACAGUGUGAAGUGGAAGGGAUUCUGGAUAACUUGCAUGGGGGAGCAGAAAAUGCCUUGGGCAGUGGCAAUUACUUUGAGUAAUCUGUGUGGCAGUGUCCAGAGAUGAGCAAGAUAGUUUCUGGAUAGGUAGAAAGACAAGUCAGUUGCUCUAAAGACUUGCGGUGUGGUGAGAAACAAGAAGCAAGGUAGCAUUCCUGAUAACUUGAUUUUUACUCUGCAGUGUUUGUUGCAGAACAGGCUUCUGCUAUCUUGUGUUUUUUUGUUUGCUUUUAGAAUGUUUCUAUAUUGCAUUAUAGCAUCUUCUCAUUUAUAUCAAAAGGAGGGUGGGCACAAGGCUGAUAAAACUGCUGCCUCAUCAACUAUUUCAUUGUUUUGUUGGGUUUCAGGUUGUGUAUCCCUAAAAAUCCUGCAGAUGCCAUCAGCUGUGCCCAGUCUUCCUGAUGUUUGGAGUUGCAUCAAGCCCAGACCCAAAUAAUGACCCCUUUAAUUGGGACCCUCUGGUCAGUGAGCCUUGCCUCAGUACAGCUGUGCCCCUAAGAAUAUUUCCUACCCAUCUCUCGUGUCUCUGUAAGAAGGCACAGAAGUGGUGCUGCUGGGGACAGUAUUUACUGCUGACACGUUGCCAUCCAAGCAGGGCAGCUCUGCCCACUGGAAUGAGAACCUGCAGUUGAAACUGACCCUGUGUGUGCCAGGCAUGGGGGUGAAGGCAGUUUGUGCCUCUUCACAGAAGCUUUGUUGGAAGUUUAUUUAAUUCCAUGCCAUAAUUUAAAACAAAGCCAUCAGCAACCGCUUCACCUCUUAUUCAUUUUACUUCUCAAGUUGUAUAAGAAAGUAGGCUGUUAUUUCUGCUGAUAAUUGCUUGACCUAAACGUUCCUCUUCCUUGCAAGAUGAGGCAGCUAUGAGUCUUCUUUCUAAAGACUCUUAGCUGUGCUUUCCAGUGGCAAUGUAUGUAUCUUUUUAAUCUUGGACUUUAUCUGUAGUGCCUGUGGAAAUACGGAAGGAUUUAAACAUCUCCUUAGAGGACCAGAAGUAUUUUGACUCCUCAUUAUUUUGUGUGCUGACAAGGCAACUUCAGAGUGCUGCUGUUGGAGGGCAGCGUUAGCUGGAGAUGCGAUGCUGUUACACAGCCUGUGUUCAGUCGUGUGGGUGUUCAGUGAGCCUUUUAAAUACUGAUGUUGUUUUCCAUCAUGUUGGAACUGGAUUCUGAUACGCUUCAAGUACGAGUUGUCAGAACUCUGCUGUGCAGUUCUGAGUUCUUAUGAAAUCACUGGAGAGCUUUUAAUGCCAUGUGCCAUUGUGCUUCUGGGUUGAUCUUCAUUCCAGAAAUGCAGAACUGACAGCUGCCACGAGAAACUUCAGCUCUCAGGGCUUUCUCUGUGCCUUUCCUCCCCCAGCUCGCUCUCAUAUGUACACUUUAAUAUUAAGCUGUAAGAGCAAAGAAGUUAUCUUACAAUUUCAUGGUCUGUUUUAAAGCAGAUUGAACAACAUCUGUCCCAGAUGUCUUUUGGUCUGUCUUUUUAUGCUCAGUCUAACAGUGUAUUUUUUGUAUGCUUGCUUGCAAUUUGGUGGGUUUGGGUUGUUUGCUUUCCCUGGAUCUGAUCUCCAAUGAAGUUCCCUGACUUUAUCACAUCAGUGCAGUGGAAGAUGCAGUCUUUGCAAACAUGCAGUUACUGCUGGUGGUUCUGAAGAAAAAUAUGAGGAUAAAUGGGAGGUGAGUGAUGAGUGUGGAGUGAGAAGAAUGGCAAAUGGGAGAGCAGUUGGUUUUGUUUCUGCUCGUGAGCUUCUUUUGGUUCUGCUGGGUCAUCUUUCAAGUUCAGGCAAUAUCAGUACAGAUGCUGUUUUGUUCUUGUUUGCUUCUGCCAUAGUGAUUCUUUAAUGAUUCCAAAUAUCCCUAGUCCUGCAGGGCAGGUAAUGAGAAAUUAGCAGAAUGUACUUUCUGACUAAAAACACGUCCUGUGCAGUAUGUAGAGAAAGGACACUGACCAUUUACAUCCUUUUGCUUGUUGUUGUUUUCUAUUAAAGAUGUGAUUCAGUGUGGGCCUGAACUGAACUAAGCAAGGUGAGCUGUGUGUGACCAACUCACUGCAAGGUGGCACGAUUGCAAUUUCCAUCUCGCUUGUUAGUUAAGUGAUGUUUGAAGCCCCUGUAUUACAAAGCUGCUAGAGCUGAAUAUCCAGCAGCACUACCUCCUUUUCCCUGUUUAUGCUUAUUGAGAAAAGCAUAAUACCUCAAACUUAAAGCAAAUCAAACAGCUCACUUGGCAACUUCAUCACUCUUCACAUGCUUACCGGAAUAAACUUGGCUUCCCACGCGUGGGCAGGAGUCUCCAUGAGGACGAGAUGAACGCUGUGGUCCUUUUCAAGCAAGGCCAUUCUGUGAUCCUAUGAUCUGACCUCCUCUUGGACCAGGAGGUUGAGUUGUGUGGUGCAGACCUUGCUGGUAUAGUAUUCCUGAGUGGGCAUGGUGCUGUUAGGGCUGGCUGUGCUCUGCAGGCAUUGCAGUUGUGCUUUGUACUCACGUUUACCCCGAAGCUUGGAUGGGAUUCAACCUGUAGAAAUCUGAUGACUAGUCUUGCUUUCUUUUGUUGGCUGUGUUGGUUUGGUUUUUAUUGUUGUUGGAGCUUUAAGAGGCUUUGUGUAGGCUUGAAAUAAAGUAAUUAUGCUGCUUCCUCUGUUGGAAGGCUGCUGCUCUGCUGUAGGUCACAAAUAGAGGUACUUGGACAGGAGGAAUGCUUAGAAUGGGUGUCAGAUUGACAACCAGAACGCAGUGCUGGCUCUUGGGAUGUUCAGGGGGGCAGUUUUAUCAACCAUGUGUGACACUGACCAAAAUGCAGUUCAGUUCUGGGACGUGAACGUGAAAUCCAGCAGUCCUUGCAGCUCAGAAGGGCAGGGUGAAGGCAGGUGCUUCAUAUGCUGGAGGGUCCUCAGGUCUGUGAUGGAGGCAUUGGUGGCCUCUGCUUCUGCAGUUGCCCAGUUCUGUCUGUCCUGGGCUGUUAUGGUUGCUGUGUUAAGGACACUCAGUGCUGCACGACUCGCAGCUGGUGAGAGAGCAGGGAAGGUGCUGAUGAAGUAAGGAUGGAAUUGGUCCGUGCUCAGGUGCUGCUCAGAAAUGCAGGUGGGGUAAAAUGCAUGCAGGGCCUUUGCUAAUGUUCCGUUUGGGAACAGCUUUAACCGUUGUUAGGGCUGUCAUACAUAUUAAUUAGAGCAUCAGAGUAACUGAUUGACAGGGCAGCCAAAAGGCAGCAGUGAGCUGCAGGUGUUAGAGAACACGUGGGAGCAGGAGCAGCUCAAGGAGAAGGUAUGAGAGCAAGCGUGGUUAUAUUGAGCUGUGAGGAGCUGGAAUCUGAAAAAGAGCAGCUCGGAAACAGGAACAGGAAGGUGGUCGAUUACUCCCAGUUUCAGGAAUCAGAUGAUGCUGAUGAAGAUUAUGGGAGAGAUUCAGGUCCCCCAUCCAAGAAAAUCCGCUCAUCUCCCCGCGAGGCUAAAAAUAAGAGGAGAUCCGGGAAGAAUUCUCAGGAAGACAGUGAGGAUUCAGAGGAAAAAGAUGUGAAGACUAAGAAAGAUGAUUCGCACUCAGCAGAUGAAGAUUUUGGCAGUGAAGAUGAUGACUUAGGAGCAGAUGAUGGCAAAGCUGACAGUGACUAUGAGAGCUCUCAAAAAAGCAAAAAAGGAAAGAAGGCCAAACCGGAUAAGAAUAAGAGAGCCUCUAAAUCCAGGAAAAGGCCUGCAGAGGACAGUGAGGAUGAGAAAGAAGACCACAAAAACGUGCGUCAGCAGAGACAGGCAGCAUCCAAAGCAGCUUCCAAACAACGAGAGAUGCUUAUGGAUGAUGUGGGUAGUGAGGAGGAAGAACAAGAGGACGAUGAGGCACAGUUCCAAGAGAAUUCAGGAAGCGAUGAGGAUUUUCUCAUGGAAGAUGAUGAUGAUAGUGACUAUGGCAGUUCAAAAAAGAAAAAUAAAAAGGCCUCCAAGAAGUCCAAGCCAGAGAGGAAAGAAAAGAAGAUGCCAAAGCCCAGGCUAAAGGCUACAGUGACUCCCAGUCCAGUGAAAGGCAAAGGGAAGGCAGGCCGCCCCACAGCUUCCAAGACAACGAAAGAAAAGACCCCAUCCCCCAAAGAAGAGGAUGAAGAGCCUGAAAGUCCUCCAGAAAAGAAAAAAUCAGCCAGCCCUCCGCCAGAGAAGUCAGGGGAUGAGGGAUCUGAAGAGGAAGCACCCUCUGGUGAAGAUUAAAUGGCAGUUGAGGAUAUCUUUGUUUAAAAAAAAAAAAAGAAAAAAAAAAGAAAAAAAAAAAAAGAGAGAGAGAGAAAAAAGGAAAAAGAAAACAUACUUAGGGGUAGAACACGGUUUUGGCUGUGGCUUGACUCAUGGGCUUUGAAUGCUGUCUUUACUUUCAGCUGUUUAAUACAGUGUAUCCUUUUUUUAAUAAGAGGAAACCCUCAUACAGUAAUAUUUUGAAGUCACUGUUCUGUGUUGGCCAUUCCGUUCUCCCUCCCCCUCCAAAUCCAAAAGCCAUUUGAGACAAAUUAACAGACCAUUUGAAUAUAUAUAUUUUUUUCCAAGGGAUACUGCAGUUGUGAAGCAAUAAGGUUUGGGACUGAUACAUGGAAACCACACUUACAAAUCACUGAGUAGAAUAGAUUUCCCAGUGCUGGUAAGAGUUGUUCAAAACUAUAAUUCUGUAUUAGAAUACGUGGUUAAAAAAACAAACCAACAAACCAACCAUGCUUUAAUAGACUUUUCUCAAUAGAAGUUCCUUCUCUCAGAAAAAGAAAAAUAUAUGUAUAAACUGCAGAAGAGGAAACAUGGGGAGGAAGCCUGUGUUUCUUGGAUUCAUGCAACUUUUUAAUGGAAAGCAAUCAAGAGACUGAUAGGGGGUCCACUGUCUUUUAUCUGGAAACAUCCUCCAGUUAGGAUGCAAGAUCUUUCAUCUUUCCUGGAUAGAAUACUCUUCUGCUUAGGCAGAUCUCGGUUCAUUCUAUGCUAUUUCAGACACACAACCUAGAAGCUGCUCACAUCCACUAAUUCUGUUUGACUUCUUCCAAGGUCGGCUAUAGAUGGGCAGAAUAGGGAAGAGAAAUUUGGAAAGUUCUAAAGCUCUGCUUUCCAGUUGACGUUGUGGAAACUUUCUUUAAAGUUCCAAGGGAAAAAAAAAAUGGUGGACAUUCUAGAAGUAGAUUUUUUUUGUGUGUGUAUCUUUUGGGGUGAGGGAUGUCCUUUUAUAAAUGUGAAGCAAAGGAUUCCUGUAAUGCUCUGGUCAGUCUCGGAUCCCAUGAGUCACGCUUAAGUGCUUCUCUUCUCUCCCUCCAUCUGUCCUCAGAAGGCUGUGUAAUCAUGUCUAAGCCUCUCCAGCUACAGUGUUGGACAGCAGACUUCCAUCAAUAGUGAACAUCACCCCAGUACCACUUCCAUUUCUUCAUCCUCCCUACUGCAGCAUGGGAGGAUUUAUUCGCUCUGCUCCCAUGCUGACAUGUCUGCCUCUGUUGGUCAUCAUUCUGUUCCCUAAGCCUAGGAAGCCUGGAGUAGGGAACAGUGUUAAAGGAUGAAGCUGAGAGGGAAUGAAGCUUGAAAGCAGUGUAGCAGGGCUAUGGUUCUAUAACAAAAGCAGGAUGUCCCUCUAAAGGAGAUACUUGAGGUGUGUGUAGUGGCAUUUUAAUGUGUUUUUAUCAAAGCAGCCAUAUCCUUUUUUUUUUUUUUUAAACUUAAUUGAAGUACACAAGCCUUGGUUUUCAAACCCUGAUGCAGAGAUUGCUGCCAUGUUUGUUGGUGGAAAUAUUAAAAACUGGAUCUGCCUUUUUCUUUCUUUUUUUCCUUAGACCCUUUGUGCUUUUGUACGUUGCUCACAGUUACCUUACAGCUGACAAGCUUUGCAUCUCCUUCUUUUUUUGUCACUGAAGUACAUAUUUUGUAACCAGCCUCUUGAAGGUAACAUAAGGCAGCUAACUAGUUGGAUUUCUGGUGCACGUGCUACCAGAUUUUUAAUCCUGUUUGGACUUCAGAGAGCUUUUAGAUGCGAUACACUAAUAUGACCAGGAAGGACACUUGGCUGAAUGGCAGAGGGAGCCCGAAGAUUCUGAGCCCAGUGUGGAGCCUAAACCACAGAAUGGAACAUUAAUUUAACGGCCAAGUGCUUGUCUUGUGUGAUUCACAGCCAUGGGUUUUAUUGAGGCUGGUAAAUUACUUUACCUUGGCUUAAAAUUUGAAGUUCUCUAACGUUCUUUACUAUAAUGAAACUACUGUUGCCGUUACAAUAAAGAUGAUCAGUGUUUCCAUUGUAAAUCUUUUUUUUUUUACCUGGUUUAGUUUUGCAGAACAGCUUAAGGCUGGAGUCAAGUAUCAGUCUUUGAAAAGAAGUGAACGUGCUCCCCUUUCCUCACCAACUUUUCCCAUCUUCUGGGAGGGCAGAGCCUCUUGCAUCCCCUGCCCUCCUAGCUCAGCAUUUCUUGGGUAACACAGGAAAAUAAACGGCCAAACUUCAGAUAAUGCUUGGACUGAUAUUUUGGGGGUAUUGUAUACUUUCCUUACUGUCUGGCCCACGUAGUUUUUCCCCCUUCAGUCAAGACUGUGUUUCAAGUAAUUCUAAUCUCUUUAGGGUCUUGAUUUAUUUUUUGGUAUUAAAGCAUACAAGGAUCACAUAAAUGUAGAGUCCCUCUAGUUGAUCUAAUCACACAGCUAUUUCUUUACCUGCUAGACCAGAUUGAUUUCUUAAGAGUGUAUUUUGUAAGUUCCACUUAAGAUAAAUAUUUGUGUUGUUCUUUUUUAGUAUUGCUAACACGGUUAAGUUAAGUGAAAGAUGCAUUUCCGUUGUUUUCAGUUCAGGUUUUGGACUGCAGAUUAUUUUAUGCCUGGUGAUUUUGGCCCUUUCUCUUGUAAAACUGUUCUGUUUUCUCGUAUACUCAUCUCUCAUGGCUGUCACAGGCUGCAUGAUGCUAUCUUUGAGUUUGUGUCACAACCCAAACACUAUGUAAAUCCUGUGCUACUACUGGGAUUUUGUAACGUUUCCUCUAGCCUUACUGUCGUGCUGGUUUGUGCAGACACUACGCCCCAAUGGUCUCUUGGUCACCUGUUAGAAAUACCACAGUUUACAUUUUUACAGAUUGAAGAAAAUGGUGAAGGUUAAUACAUAACUUUUCUUUCUAGGACGCGCAUUUCAAUUGCAGCAGAGUUAAGUUUUAAAACGACCUUCUAAAUUAAUUUGUAUUUUAAGCAUUCUGGAAGGAAAAGCUGUUAAAAAAAAAAGCCUUUCUAGAGCCAUGAAUAGUCCUCCAAGGAGCAGAAAGCUUCAUUCACAGAAGAAAGCUUUGAAAAGAUUGUCUUCUGUUAAACAGCUGUAGUUGUGGAGCGUUUGCAGAGAGGUAAACAGGUUUAUUCCAAAGUUCAGUCAAUCUGGUGCCCUGCCCUGGUCUCACACUUAAAGGUUUGUUAUAAAUUCUAUUCUGCAUCCCUCUGUACAUUCUGUUUUACAUUUGUAUGCAAAGAAUGCUGUCUUUAACUGGCCACCAGGCUUGAUCAGUAAAGAUUUGCAAUUGCGGUUGGAAUUUCAUCCUAAAGAUUACUUGUUCCAGUUUGUAUUUGAUCAGCAAGAGAGCACCAAACGUGUCAAGUUAGAUGAGUUUCAGAAUGGCUUGUGGGUGAGAGCACUUAGAAAUAUGGCAGCCAAGAAACUUGUAGUUCUGUUGUGUUAACUUCAGCAAAGCAAAGGAGUGCAUGGGGAGGGAAAAGCAGAGCACACCUUACCUGAAAGCCACUAAUGGCUCUGAACGUGCUCAGCUCCUGUGCCACCACACAGCUGCAUCUGCAGGUGAUGAACUACCAGGGCAGCGGCAGAAAAUGCACUUGAAUUUCUUUUUCUUUUUCUUUUUUUUUUGUUCUUUUUUUUUCCCCCUCCGCUGUUGAUGGUCACAAAGGUACAACAGACACUGAGGCACCCAGGUUAAGGAGGGAGGGAAGUAAACUGUAACAUGCUGGAAGCUUUUGAGCUGUAGAAACUGGUGCUUUGCUUUAUGUAAUUUGUUUGUGAAGUGUUUAUUUUUAUAACAGAUCAUAUUGUUGAACACAUGGUUCUUGAAAACCACAAACUGAUCCAUGAGUUUAAGUAUUUGAGAAGUGGAAAUUCAUCUGUUGGGGGAGGCAGGAUAUGAAAAAUGCAAGCAGAUAGCUGUGUAAAGGGACACUGUCACAAGAUGGUUGCUGGCAUAUAGGAUGCGUUAAGUUUGGGGGGUGGGUGGGGUCCCAUCUAUAUGUGGAAAUUCUAUAUUCUAUAUGUAUAUGAUCAAAUAGAGAAUUUUCCCUGAGCUUUGACUAUUUUCCUAUAGUUUGGGGAGGUUUAAAUACAAAUGAUGUGCGUGGAACUGGGCGACGAAGCUGUUGUGUUCAAAAUGCUGAGGAAUAGGAGAGCUCCGAAAGGUGGCAGUGUCCUUUGGAGUCCCCAGAUUGAGCAUAUCCUCAUCUUAGACUUCCCAUGCCAGUGGCAGACUGGCAUCUGAAUGUCUUUUCAUUGAACUCUUUGUAUGAAAAACAAAACAAAAACGUUUCUAAGUCAAGUUCUCACUUACGUGCUGACUCUGCAUCAACCACUAUGGGAAACAACUGCCUGCCCCCUCCAGCUGCAGUGAGUCGAAUGGGUCCAUCGGUCUGAGCAUGCUCAGUGUGACUGCAAAACACUGUUGUGCAUAUGCUUUGUAUAUUGGGGCAAGGGUUUUUUAUAUAUAUAUUUUGGGAGGGGUAGCGGGUGGGAUGGAGAAAUACUCAAUCAACUGAAGCCAGAAUAAUGUGUGUAAAAGCCCCUGAAGUAUUUGGUGUGUGAGUGCGCGAGUGUGAGUGCGCGCAUGGGAGCGUCUGACAUCUUUUCUUCCCUUUGUGUUCUGAAGAUUUGUGAGUUUUACCUUCUUUUUUUUUGUUUUUUUUUCCUGCAGAAGCAAUUGUUAACAAAAAAAAAACACACAAAA